AUGCAUGGCUCCUCCCAUUCAUGCCAGGGCGUGGCGGAGCUGUUCAGGAAGGCUGAAGAGGUCAUCGACAAGCAUGCCACGGACAACCCGGCCAUAACGUCCGCGGAUGCCCAGGCCAGCGCAAAAUGGAGCGCCCCGCUCUUUCUCAAAGUGAAGGCGGGAGGGAUAGGCAUCUCUGUCGGCUACACCACCAUCAGCAGCUGCGUGAUAGUCGACUCCCCUGAGGAGGUGAAGAAAUUUGCCGGGAGCAGGCUGGGCGUGGGAGGGUGCAUCACGGGCGCGCUGGGCGAGUCGGCGGGCGCCCACCUCUCCUUUGGACACAACGAGAACAAGACUUUCUUCUCCUACAAUCUGGUGAAUGGUGUCAUCGCCAACAUGCUCAGUGUGGAAGGUCUACGAACGUUUGUGGACACCAAGUCCAUGGAGUCGGUGUAUGGUGCGGGGUGGACUGCAGAGGAUGUGCUGUCGGGGAGUGUGAGCCCGCCACCUGGCUCGGAGGGCUUGCUGAACACCCUGAAGGAGAAGCAAAAGCUGUACACCGUGGAGCUGAGGGAGGCGGCGCGCACUCGGGCUGCCGGGCCCCCCGCAGAUGCAUAA